CUUUCCCAAGACCAUGUCGAGCAAGUGGGUCAACGUCGACUUCUCGGCCGACCACGCGCCGAGCCAUGGACCAUCCACGAGCGUCCGGUCGCAGGGGCGCAGCAGCGAGGCCGAGGCCAUUGCGAUCGAGGUCGGCGAGCCCGUCAAGAUGGGCGACGGCAUGCAGGCGUACAUCUCGUACAAGAUCUCGACCACGACCGACCGGCGGCAGUUCCAGAAGGGCCAGUUUAGCGUCGUGCGCCGCUUCUCGGACUUUGUGUGGCUGCACGCGUCGCUCUGCAGCCUCUUUCCCGGCGUGAUCGUGCCGCCGCUGCCCGAGAAGCUGCUCGUCGGCCGCUUCUCGCCCGAGUUUAUCGAAGCCCGUCGCCGCGCGCUGCACCUCUUCUUGCGGCGCUGCGCCGUGCACCCCGAGAUCCAGCAUUCCGAGUACCUCACGGUCUUCCUCGAAGCGUCCGACGAGAGCCUCUCGGCGUUCAAGCACGACGUGCUCGCCAAGAGCAAGGGCAAGUCGUCCAGCGGUGGCGGGCUCUUCCAGUGGUUUGACGACACGAUCGUGGCCACGAUCUCAAGUACGCUCGGCGCGCAGAGCAUCGCCGUCGAGAAGCUCAAGACAACGACCGAUAUCCAAGUCGAGGACAUGGUCGCCUACAUGGACGCGCUCGAGCCCAUCAUCCAGAGCCUCGCCAAGCACGCGCAUGGCCUCACGAAGCGCGCCCGCGAGAUUGCCGACGGUCUCUUUGAGUUUGGCGUCGCGCUGACGCUCCUCGGGCAAGCCGAAGAGAACGAGUCGCUCCAAACCGCGCUCUGCCACGUCGGCACGUGCUCGGACAAGCUCUCGGUGCUGGCCGCCGAACACGCGGAGAAAGAAGUGCUACUGUUUGAAGAGCCGAUCCACGACUACAUUCGACUCGUGCAAGCGGUCAAGGCGGCGCUCGUCAAGCGCAAUGAGGUUCGCAGCCUGUACCACGGCGCCGUAUUGGACCUCGAGGCCAAGCAGACGGCGCUCCAAAAGGCACAAGCCAAGGGCGGGGACAAGGUUGACGCCGCGGCCAACGAUGUGACCGAGGCCAAGCGGCGCGUGGAUGCAUCCAAGCUCGAGCACGACGUCGUGACCGAGCGCGUCCUUCGCGAGGUCGAUCGCUUCAAGCAGGAAAAGCUCAGCGACUUUAAGCGCAUCGUCCUCGACUACAUCCAGCUCCAGAUUGCGUACAACCGCAAGGUGGAAGACGAGUGGGGCGCAGUGAUCCCCAAGCUGCAGAUGAUCCAGAUCGAGUCGCCGGGAAAACCGUCGUCGGGCGCACCCAUGCCGCCGCCACCGCCGCCCGUGGCGUUCAAAGCACCAUCGUCAACGACCGAUGUCGCCUUGUAAGACAAAAAAGCAAAAACGUAUCCUGGUUGAA